AUGUUGAAAAUGUUGAAAGUUCCAUUCGAGCUGGUGUGCUGUUCGCGUUCAGUCUCUAUGAAAUAUAUAAAACCUCAUCCUCGGCCAUACCGACGCAGAUUGUAUGAAGCAGCCUUAGCACCAUUUGUUGCCGAGAAACCAAAGAUUUAUCCAUCGAGGUCGGAAUAUCUGAAAAAAUUGAAGGAAGAAAACGAAAGUUAUUCUGAUAUAGAAUUAGCAUUGGUCAAACACGUCCGCAGUUGGCUAACGAUGGAGAAAUUUCAAGUUUUGGCUGUUUGUCAAUAUUUACCCGUUGAUUUAAAAACUGUUUGGCUCGUCAAAAACAAGAUACGAAUGAAAGGUAUUGAGUUCCGCAACUAUGGAAAUCGAAUAAUGAAAAAAAUUUUUGAAGGAACUCCACUUCAAGCACUUGAGCCCUUAUUGAUUGAAAAUACCUGUAUGUUUUUUGGAAAAAAUUUUGAAACGUUGCAUACGAUAUUGAUGGAAUCAAAUAAAUUGAGCUGGGUGGAACCUUUGGCCUUCGUUUAUGGUGCUAGAAUAUUAUCAGUGGACGAAAUGAAAAAUUUAUGCAGAUAUCAGCCAUUCGAAAAUCUUCGUGCUGAAACAACUUUUAUUCUUUCAAAAAAACCACAAAACUUGCAGUACUUACUCACACAUCAUAUUAAUCAGUUAAGUACAACACUUCGACAAAUGGUAGAGCACAGUAAUAUCAUAGAAAGAUGA